CACCGGUCUCACAGUGGACCCCCGAAAAGCCCGCCUUGCAGACGCAGUCGUAGCCUCCCACGCUGUCGGAGCACAAGGCCCCGUUCUUGCAGGGUCUGUCUGCACACUGAUCUCCGUCUGAGCGGGCAGGAAGUGGAGAUGAGCCUCACGUGAUCAGUUGUCAAAGCGUCACAUGGACUUACCGAUGUAGACGGACCAGAAGAUGUCCUGGAAGAGAAGGCGAGGAUCGUAAGUGUCCAGACUGACCUUUCCCAACAUGAACAACGUGGAGCUUACCGUGCGGUACGAGUCCUGGAAGUGCUUUCGGGCCUCCUCGUAGGUGCACACCCUCUCCAUGCAGGCCUGCUCCAGGGUGGAGGACGGCUGGUUGGCGCCGUCGACGCUCCUCUUGUGACGAGAGAUCAGCGAGCUGGCCUGCUGCUUGUCCAGGAAGACUGGUGGAGGAGUCACAUGAUGACAACCGUUACGGUGGAACGGAGCUCAUCACAUGUCUACGUCUCCUCGUGUUCCCGUCCCCAUCCCUCCUCACCUGUUUCAGGUGGGCUCUGAACGGCGGCCACGGCCCCCGCCAACAGACACACCAGAGCGGCGACUGUGUGUGAGGGGUGCAUGGUUGACACGCGGACAGCCAAGAUGCCGCAACAGCAGGGAUCAGGAGAUGAAAGAUGUCACGCAACCUGAACAGGAACAUGAAGCACAAAGAGGAGUACAACGGUGGUCUCGGACCAGCUGCUGCUUGCCGGGGCAGGAUCUGGACUGCCCGACCCGACCCAGGGAGACUCUGAGACUGUGCAUCUGGAGGUGCAAAUGAAUGUUUGCCUGCUAAUUUCCCCAGCGAGAGCGGGUGCAUGGCAGCAUCCAGAGGCAUAUUUCAUACGAUGACCGUAUGAGGUUCACGGGGGAUGAUGGAGGCACAUUCUGCAAGUUCUCCAAAUGGACCGUGCCUGGCCCAGAAGCACUUUAAGGCUUCUCUGAAUCGUGGUUAUGAAAGAAUGACGAUUAGGACGCACAAAUCUCCAGCGAGGUCAUUGCUCUACUUUUCCAUUUCUGCUUUAAAACGUAGUGGGGGGAAGUUGGGAAGGUUCUCUCCUACACCAUUAAAGGAAGACGUUCCAUGACCUGGACCAGAACCUAGAAGGUAUCCGUCUGUCCCGUGUGUGUUUAGAGACGGCAUCGCCGCACCGCGAGCCAAUCCAACUAAAACCCUCAAAAUGACAUCAGCCUACACCAUCCUCCCCAUCUCACUCAUCUCUCCUCCGCUCUCCUCCUUCCUCUUCCCUCAUCCGCCGACACAUCUCACCUCGCCCGCCGCCCUCCUCCUCCUCCCACGUCUCGCCUCGCUCUCCUCCAUUCUUACCCCCCCCUCCCCUCCACGGCCCCCACCUUUCCUCACACUCACACGUGCCGAUUGGCAGACAAGGACGGAGAAACGAGCGGCGGUCAGCAAGCACUCUGCUGGCGUGGUGGUAGCGGUGGUCCGGCUUCUUGACACCGAGCGCAGCUGAGGAAGAGGACGCAGCCAUGGAGCACAGCCACAUCUUCCCUGUGCCCCCCCCGAAUGACAGCAGCUGGAGCGCCGGGCAGCAUCCCUCAGAGGUGGCCCCCGGGUGCCCCCUUGGACCUCUGCCUGUCAUCUACUACAGCGUCCUGCUGUGUCUGGGCCUGCCUGCCAACAUCCUGACGGUGGUCAUCCUGUCCCAGCUGGUGCUGCGUCGUCAGAAGUCGUCCUACAACUAUCUCCUGGCGCUGGCGGCCGCCGACAUCUUGGUCCUGCUCCUCAUCGUGUUUGUUGACUUCAUACUGGAGGACUUCAUUUUGGCCACGCCCCUGCCUCCAUCCAUCAACAGUGCAGUGCAGGUGUUGGAGUUCUGCUCCAUCCACACCUCCAUCUGGAUCACCGUGCCUCUCACCGUCGACCGCUACAUCGCCGUGUGCCACCCGCUGCGCUACCACACCGUCUCCUACCCGGCCCGCACUCGCAGGGUGAUAGUCGGCGUCUACAUCGGGUGCCUGCUCUCCGCGGCGCCGUACUACUGGUGGCCUGAACUGUGGCACAGCUUGCCCGUCAUGGCGAGCGGCGGCGUGAGUGAGAGCGGCAGAACGCCGGCCCAGCACGUGCUAGUGUGGGCCCACUGCGCCACCAUCUACCUCCUCCCCUGCACCGUCUUCUUCUCCCUCAACGCCGUCAUCGUGCGCAAGCUACGCCGCCGCCGCAGCUGCUUCCGCAUGCGCGGCUACUCCACCGGCAAGACCACCGCCAUCCUCCUCGCCAUCACCUCCAUUUUCGCCGUGUUGUGGGCGCCUCGCACCCUCAUGAUCCUCUACCACUUCUACUCCUCGCCUCCGGCGUCGCCGGGCGCCGGCCGCCUGCUGCACAUGCUGACAGACCUGGCCAACAUGCUAGCUCUGCUCAACACCGGCGUCAACUUCUUCCUCUACUGUUUCAUCAGCAAGCGCUUCAGGGGCAUGGCGGCCAACGUGCUGCAAGCGCUGGUCCACUGCCGGAAACAACCGCAGCCGUUCUACGCCAGCCACAACUUCUCCAUCACGAGCAGCCCCUGGAUCUCACCCGCCAACUCCCACUGCAUCAAGAUGCUGGUCUACCAGUACGACAAAAACGGGAAGCCCAUCUGUAUUUCCUCUUAAGGGCUCCACCACCUGUAGCGCCUCCCCUUCCGAAUGUUGAAUCGUUGGGGGACACGUUGUGUCGCCCCGGCAACCAGCUUUGCCUGCAUGGGACUGUUUGAGGCUUGAAAAAGGCCGACAGCGGCGGCACUUAGGCUAGCUUUGAGCCCAAACAAAGCAGCACGAAAAAGAUAACCGAACCAGCAUCACAUGCAAAAAAAAAAAAAUUCCAAUAUGUAAUGAGGAGGGGCGGCACGGCGAUCGAGUGGUUAGCGCGCAGACCUCACAGCUAGGAGACCAGGGUUCAAUUCCACCCUUGGCCAUCUCUGUGUGGAGUUUGCAUGUUCUCCCCGUGCAUGCGUGGGUUUUCUCCGGGUACUCCGGUUUCCUCCCACAUUCCAAAAACAUGCUAGGUUAAUUGGGGACUCCAAAUUGUCCAUAGGUAUGAAUGUGAGUGUGAAUGGUUGUUUGUCUAUAUGUGCCCUGUGAUUGGUUGGCGACCAGUCCAGGGUGUACCCCGCCUCUCGCCCGAAGACAGCUGGGAUAGGCUCCAGCACCCCCGCGACCCUCGUGAGGAAAAAGCGGUAGAAAAUGAAUGAAUGAAUGAAUGUAAUGAGGAAGUUUAUGGGAUGCCAGCUGUACCAAGUCUGACGGGGAGAGUGGAGCGAUGGUGACACAAGUUCAGUGGUGAAAUGACACGGCAGUAACUCCAACAUCUGCUACUUUUGUGUGUGCAGGAGCUCAUUUUCACAAGGCACUGAACUCCAUCCGCGCGUCGUCCCCUGAUGACGACGUGUCCCGCCGUUAUCCUGUCCUGACUCCUCAUCUAAAACGCUUCAUUUCCACACGCCGUCUGGUGCUCCAAGCGUGCCGUGAGAUGAGUAGACACUCUGUGUGUUGUUGCUCAAAUAUGUACUCGUGUUAGACUGUUAAGCGUAGCGUCACGCGACAAUGUUACACAGUGGCUAUGCGUUAGUCAUCGUUUCUCCAGUAUUAGGAAGAGGAAAUUUCUGCUGUAAGUAGAUAGUCCUCUGUCAACUAAUAAUGGCCCUAGAUGAUUUACUGGUAGCCGUUACCUGCUAACCCUUUAUCAGCAGCAGAAAAAGGGCAAAAAACUUGUUUUCCACCAAGUACCGUGGUGAUCUGAAUAGACAAAUUUUCGUACAUACGGUGUAAGUAUUUUUCCGUCUGUCUUAUCUUAAGGGUCUAAAGGUUUAUACAUGCAUACCGUUGUAUAUAGGAUAUAUUUCUAUAUAUUUAUGCGUACUCUUUGCUGUAAGGCUGCCUUCACAUUUCGCUUCUCGGUUAAAAGAAGAUGCUUCGCUCAGCGUUCAGACAGGUACUUUCAUCAUGUGACCAAAGGCUGCAGACUUAACAUAGCAGACAAAAAGUGGCUAUACGUGACUAUACCUGGCAUCAGUCAAGAAAUGCAUGAUAAAGAGGAAUAUAAACAUAUACAGUCAUCCCUUCAUAUACUGUAUCGCGCCCCCAUUCUAAUGCAGUUUUU